GAGCACGUGAUCUGCACGGAAGGUUGCAUCGAGCUUGUCUACGGCGAAGACCAGCGCUGCCGCCUGGAGCAGGGCCAGGGCGCAUUCCUACCCCGCGGCCUGCGCGUGAAAUGGACCUGGCCAGGACCCGCCCGCUACACAGUGGUUUGCCUACCAGCAUUCUCGCCUGAGAUGUCGAACAGCGAGGAAGCACCAUCAGAUGCCGCAAAGGCAGCAGCAGAUAGCAUGCUGGCCCCCAUGGUCGUGCAGAAGGUGGACGUCGUGGAUGCGCCAGGCAUCACCAUCACAGAGCACUUCGGGAAAGUCGCCUCCAAGGAUCCGGUCUGCUCGCUGGCCAUGGCCGUGGUGAAAGGCGCCACCGAGGAGGCCUAUCAGGCUCCGCUCUUCGAUGAGUUCGUGGUUUGCGAUGCCGGAUCCAUCGAAUUCCUUCACGGUGAUGGCGAGCGGGUCAAGAUCCAGGCCGGUGAGGCCAUCUUCUUGCCAAAGGGCUUGCGGGUAAAGUGGAUUUGGCCGGAAGCUACCCGCUACACCGUGCUUUGCCUCCCGGCCUUCUCUCCUGAACUCUCCGGCCGUGAAGCAGAGGAAUCUGCAACAGUUGCCAAGGACCUCGAAAAACAUAGUUUAGGGUUUACGGGGUGUUGA